AUGAACUCCCAAUCACUGUCCGCCCUCGGCUACACCGCAUUUAACGGCAGUAACGAUGAAGAGGGUACUCUAUCCGAUUCCAGCUACUCCCACUCCUCCCAGCGCUCGACGUCAGUCACCGCUCUUCCCGACCCCUCUCAAUUCCCUGACCCGUAUCCGUACCGCAGAAUACCGCGGUGGCAAGUCGGUUCUAGCACUCCCGCGCUCUCAACUACAGACUCUGCGUCCGCAUCGACGCGGUCGUCGGGGUACACUGGAUCGGCCAAGUCAGGUGACUACGGUCAUGUCCAUGUGGCCUUGGGAGACGACGAGUCCGGAAAGGGUGUUGGAGUCGGUAUCACAACCGACGAUGUUGUCCAGCUUUCAAAGGAUGCAGGAGCUUCCCGGACAACUGCAGGUAGGACUCCGGUCGAUCAGACACGUUGGUCGGACUUCUACCAGAACAGCAUCCGCUCUCGUUCUUCGUCGCUUGCGAACAGCAGCAAGCCUAAUUCGAUGCACGAGAAGGCCAUCCCGCCUCAGCUGCGGAGUUCUCCUAGCUUUGACCUUGGUUGGCAACAGCCGGACGAACGCGACGAAGCUGGACUUGGAAGUGAUGAGGAUACGGAUGAGGACCCAUCUUUUGAUGACGGUGAGGAGGAUGAAGACGAAGACGAGGUUGAGGAGGAGCCUACUAGUGCCGCAGUCAUGGCCGAGGAAGGGCGCGGUGUCAUUGUUAGAGGAGAUGACACUGCCAUCGUGCGGCUGCACGUCGCUCCAGGGACGACACAUCUGCUCAUCGGGUCUUCUCCAACUCCAAACGCCGUACCCAUGUUCCUCACGUCUAUACUGCCUGGGAUAUGCUCUUCUUUGCUCGCCCUCGACAUCUCCGCCAACUUCCUCAGUGCCCUUCCACCUACCCUUGCUCAAUGCAUCAAUCUCGAGGAGCUGAAUAUAGCUUCCAAUCCCCUCCGUGCUCUGCCGACGUUCCUGUCGACGCUGACAAACCUCCGGGUUCUCAUCGUCGACUCAACAGGUCUCAGCACGCUUCCGGCCAACCUCGCGGCGCUCGAGCGACUUCACACACUAAGCAUCCGGCGGAACAAGAUGCAUUCUUUGCCUAGCUGGUUGUGUGUGUUGCCCUCCUUGGAGACACUCCUCGUCGAUGGGAAUCCGUUCCAGGGCCCUUGGAAAGCUCUCAUGGAGCCGUUGCUAUCCCGCGGGCCACUGUCGCCUACCUACCAGCCUUCCACACCGAUGUUCCCUCCGCUAUCAGCUGGCAUCAGGAGCACCAUGACUUCCACAACUACGGAAACGGAAGACACGCCGGAAACCCUUACUUCUGCCGACCGCGCCACACACGGAGACGAGGACCUCACGGUGACGUCUCCUCGUGCGCCCAAUCUCGCGCGGUCCAUCACCGCACCCACCCCGCAAACUAGCACUCAUCUUGCUUCCCCCGGUCUGUCUCGCACGAGAACCACGCCCAACCGCGCCUAUUUCGACAAAAGCCGCACCAGCUCCCAUGGCCCGAAGUCGAUGUUUAGCGAAGCUGGUCCCUCGAACGCGCCUUCCAGGGGCGCGCCCGACUCUGAUAGGGAAGUUAGGAAGAUGAAGUCCGCGGGAGAGCUGCGUAGGAAUUACGGCGGCUCUGUCCGCGGACCCUCAACAUCAGUCUCCUCAUCUCCCCAGCGCGCCGCGCUCACGGAGUACGUAACCUCUGCGUCGAGCUCCAAUCUGCUCAACGUGGCUGCGGACGCCCAAGGUGACGUUCCGCGGAGGUUCGCGAGUCUCGGUGUUGCUGCAGGUGCCUCAGGUGCCUCAGGUGCCGUGUCGCCUACUAUCAGUAGUCGUUCGCGGCGAACGGUGGACAGCAGCAUCUGGGAUAGCCCUACGGAGGACACUGGGGCAGAGCCCGUUCCACCGCUGCCCAUGAACAAAUUGGCCUUCCCGCAGGAAGGCCCCGUUCCGAUGGACCAUGCUCUGCCUCCACGACCGCGUUCGGGUGACAAGGAGAAGAGCAGUCGCUGGGGUUUCCUCAAGAAAAUGUCGAUGGGCAAGAUUCGUCCAGAUUCACCGCACAUGUCUCGGACUUCCAUGCAUGGCGGGCAGAUGCGACAGCCUCCCUCGGCACAAUAUUCUCAACACCAGCAACUGGCUAGUAUCCCUGCUGGUGAUGCUCCUAUCUCCAUCACUGGUGCUCCUCUGCAGGAGCAGCCGGAGAUGCCGCCCAGCCUCUCUCGUAAGGCCUCAGCGGACCUGCUCAAAAUCUCACCCCUGGACCAGUUAAAGAAGACCUCUAACGAGGCCGCCAAGCUCGCACCCAACAACGCCGGCAACAGCCUUCUCGUGCCACCAUCUGGGCCGACCUCCCGUGCAAACAAACGCAGAAGUUUCCUUCCCAUUGACAUGACGCCUAUCCCCAUUCCCAAUGCCUCCGAGUUCGUUCCUGGCGUCACCGCCACGGAUGGCACGGAAGAAUCCACCGAAGAUCUCCCUGCGCCUAGCCCUGUGCACAUCGAGUCUUAUGAGGAGCUUCAGCGUCGUGAGGAGGAACGUGCGAGGGAAGCACGCAUUCGUGCGUUGCGAUCUGUCAUGUCCUACCUCCGGGAUAUGCACGAUCUUAGUCAGUCCCAAAGCCAGACCCUGUCCCUGUACGGCGGCAUCCCACAGUCCGACUCUCCUCAGGCGCGCUCGCGCCGACCGACAUUGGUCGACGGCGCUCGUAUGCCUUCGGAGAUGUCGAUGUCAUCCGUGUCCUUGAGCGCUCCGCCCUCUCGACCGGAGUCUGUCAACCUGAGGUCGACCGAGGGUCGGCAUACAAUCGCUCGGACCGGCAACACGACGCAAACGGAUAGUGUGGCGACGACGGAUAGCGGAGGCUCGGGUGGCGGCGAGGAGCGCAAGCACAAGGACGACAAGGCUAAACGUGCUAGGGUUAUCCGCGAGAUAGUCGAGACGGAACGCACGUACGUCAGUGGUCUCCAAGAGCUCGUUGACAUCUACAUCAAGCCCGCCGCUGCCACCGUCAAUGUUCUCGGUGGCGUUGGGCAGAGCAAAGACACUGUGGUCCCUGCACAGGAGCGCAAGAUCGUGUUCAGCGGUCUUGAGGCGCUUUUCUACUUCCACAGGGAGAGCUUCCUGCCGGCCCUUGAGCGUGCUGCUGCCUCCCUCUUGAACGCGCAAGGUGAAGUCGAUGCACAGAAGUCAUUGGAUGUGGCGCGGGAUGUGGCGAAUACUUUCGUUUCACAUGCUGCGUUCAUGAAGAUGUACUCGACAUACAUCAACAAUUUCGACAACUCGGUACAGCGCAUCAAGUCGUGGGUGUCUGACAGGCCGACGACUCCGGCCGCUGCUGCCGCCUUGUCACCGUCCUCCAGCAGCGCACAGCUUGUAGGUCACAGCUUGAACAUAGCGGCGGGCUUAGGUCAUGCAGGAUCUGCGGACGGUGGACGGGAUACGAACGUCGUUCAUCUCACGUCGAGCCAACGAAAGCGGAUUAAGGCGUACCUGAAGCGGUGCCGAAUGAACCCCAGGCACUCGCAGCUUAACCUGGAAGGUUAUCUUCUCCUCCCCGUUCAGCGUAUCCCUCGUUACAGGCUUCUGCUCGAAGAACUCGUCCGAAGCAGUCCUCCGAUGUACGAGUACAUGGACGAUCCUAUUGAGCGCGCGUUGACAGAGAUCGCCUCCCUCGCCACCAACAUGAACGAGGGCAAGCGAGAAUCGGAGUCACGGCGUCGGCUUGUCCAGUGGCAAUCGAGGAUACGCGGGAAGUUCCCCAGCCCGCUGGUGCAGCCGCAUCGACGUCUCAUCAUGGAUGGCGCACUGCAGCUCACGCGUGUGGUCAGGAAGGCGACGGUGGCCUUCGAGGUCAUCAAUCCGCAGGGGGACGCCGCCUCGGUCGAGGUCGAGUGCUUAUCGCCUGAGUUGACCCCAAGGUCCCUGGUUGGCAUCUUGUGCAAUGACUUGCUGGUGCUCUGCAGGGACCCUUCAGAAGGGCAGGACCCUACAUCCAAUGUUGAUCUCUGGGCUGUGCUCCGGAUGCAGACGCUUCCGCAACCAGCAAGUAUUGUGCAUGGUAACACUCUUCGCUUGGUUGACAACAAGGCGAUUCUAUAUUUCGACGCCCCGUCUACUUCCGACGCGCUGACGUGGUUCCGGGCUAUCAAUCUCCACAUACCUGCGUCGAAAGCUUGA